AUGUUGAGCUCCGGCUGCCGUGCCCUUCAUAAUCUGCUCGGCCAUAUGACGAUCAGGAAUUUCUCUGUGACUCCUGUUCAGAGUACCGUGGUGGUGGAGCGCUGGUGGCAGGUGCCCCUGUCCAAAGAGGGCAGCCCCCCGAGGUUACACCCCCGCAGGCACCGCAUCUACAGGAUUGUGGAGGACACCAAACAUGCUCCAAGUCAAAAGAUGGAGCUUAUCCUCACACAGACUGUUCCCAAGUUGGGUGGCCGAGGAGAAACUGUGUUUGUGAAAAAGUCGGUGGGGCGGAACAAGCUGCUGCCCCAGGGGCUCGCUGUGUAUCCAUCCCCAGAGAACAAGCAGAUGUUUGCAGAGGAAUUAAAGCGUUCGCGUGAGGGCACGAGCGAAGAAAGGGUCCAAACCCGAACAGGACAACUGACAGUCGAGUUCCUGAAGCGCUGUAAGCUGACCAUUAACAAAAUGCCCUCGGAGGACUUCAAGCUGACUAGUGAGGUCGUAAGGAGACAAUUUCUUAAGAAGCUGGUCAUGGUAGUGCCUCCUCAUGCCUUGAAGCUUCCGUUCGAGCCAAUCACAGAGUUGGGCGACUACUGGUGUGAAGUAACGGUGAACGGACUGGACACGGUCCGCGUCCCCAUGUCUUUAGUCCCCUACGAAGACAUGUCAGCCAGUCAUCAGCGACUCUUAAAGGCGCAGAGGGAUCAGCUCAAAGUUUCCCAACAUGUGGAUGAGCAGGAUGCAACCCAGUCCAGUGACGUCGAUGCGUCGGUGCCACCAAGUGACAAUAAAACGGACUAA